AUGCCAGCCACCCCUCAUACGGAGGCGGCUCAUCGUAUCCCAGUGUCAAGGUCGGAGCUGCAGAUUUGUCAACAGCAGAGGCAAAGACCAUCUCUCCUGAGCAGAGACUCUUGGCGCCUGGUACGGCAUCUCGCUCCUCUGCUGAGCAUCGAAACCGGUGUCGCGCACCCGCAUUUCCCCCAGACAAUGCUGCAUUACAGCCUCUUGACCGAGGCGGAGCUCGACGAGCUUGCACAUUUUUACCAUCAGCGCGCACCCAGUCAGUUCAGCAUGCAGUACCCUAUGCCGAUGGUAUCGCGCUGGAACACGGAGCCCACGCGUGAAGAGCUUGAAGACGUCAACAAUUCUGUAAUCGAGCUCAGAGCGAUGAUGGGCCUCCAGACGACCAAGGAGGACCUGCUAUCGCUGUGCCGAGUGAAUAAUAAGCGCAGACGAUUCGGGCGAUUCAUCGGAUUGAAGGGCAUGGAAAGUGCAGGUCUGGAUAUGGAAGGGACGAUGAGGGAAGAGAUGGAACGGUGGGUGGAAAGGGAGCUAAGGAGACGGGAGGCCAGAGACUCCGAGCUUGAGGCAUGGAGGUCGAAAGGGUUUUGA